AAAACGAGGAAGAAAAUACACAAAUAUUAUGUCAUAGCUGGACGUAGCUGGAAGUCUCGACAAUUGGCACCAAGGUCCAAGGAAAAUAGUCGUCUCCUUCAGAGUCCAGGCUUCUCGCUGCUGACUGGCGCAGCAUUGGCAAUCGACCGCACCUUUCCUCUCUCAUAUGUGAAUUCUCGACUUUUUGUUUCCGCCUCUGCCGUUGUGUGACGAAGAGAAUAACGCCUCGAAAAAAGAGUAUACUAGGCACCCUAGCGUGCUUCUGCUUUUCGGCGGUAUUUUUUUGCUUGGGGAUCGUCAUCGAAACUCUCCUCGUCCGAUAACCGUUUUUGGCUUCUGUCUCCCGUCUCCCGUCCCUCGCUCAACUCAAAUCUCUUUGCCCCGAGGGGCGCACCGUGGUCAUUGCGUCUUGCAGCCAUCCCAGACUCUCUCAAAGUCUACUCCCAGACCUCGAAUAACAUACAACCAUAUCGAGCCCGAUAAACCACCCCUACCUUACCUUACCUGACCUUUCACUCGAGAAACAACAACAUUACGACUUCUCUUCCCUUUUCUCGCGGCCACUCCACCAACAAAGUCCUCGCCAGAGAGUCUGCCUCGCCCAGCAUGACAGGACCUCUCUUUACCCUCUCCCUCGGGCUUCUAUCCCUCUUCGCAGCCCAAGCCGCAGCUCAAGACCAAGUCAGCACGAGCACCUUCACCCUCUCCAACACCGACGACGUGACUUUUCUCUCGGGAACCAAGACCGUUGCAGUCACCCAGCCCAGAACCCCAACGGGUCCCUACGCAACCUAUACCUCGAGAAUCACCCUCACGAAUGGAGACCUGUCCACCAUGACCGGGACCAUGACGGUCACCGGCAACGUCACGCAAACCACCACAAACUCCGUCGGCCAGUCCGUCGUCAUCAUCUCGGGCCAGACCUCCGUCGUCACCUCCACCAUCACCGGCACCGACGCCAAUGCCACCCAGACCGAGACCGCGCCCGCCGGCCCGACAAACACCCAGCCCUGCAACAACUACGUCGAGUUCUGCGACCGCAAGUACAGCAACGUCACCGAGGUCGGCUGCCACAACUCCCCCUUUGUGCGACCCGGGAACUCGGCCUCCAACCAGGCUCUCGAUGUCACCACACAGCUCAACGACGGCAUCCGCUUCCUCCAGGCUCAGAUCCAGUGGCCCACCAACGGCACGGUACCGCACUUUUGCCAUUCUUCCUGUGACAUUCUCGAUGUCGGCCCCAUCACCGAAUGGCUCACCACCGUCCGCGAAUGGGUCGCCUCGCACCCGUACGACGUCGUCACCAUCCUCCUCGGUAACGGCAACUACUCCACCCCGGACCUCUACGCCCCCUUCAUCGAGUCAACCGGCAUCCUCCAAUACGCCUACCAACCCCCCUACCUCCCCAUGAGGCUCGAGGACUGGCCCACCCUCUCCCAGAUGAUCUUGGGGGGCAAGCGCGUCGUCAUGUUCAUGGACUACAUGGCCGACCAGCAGAAAUUCCCUUGGCUCCUCGACGAGUUCUCCCAAAUGUGGGAGAGCCCCUUCGACCCCAUGGACCGCUCCUUCCCCUGCACCGUCCAGCGCCCGCCCGACCUCUCGCAGGAAGCCGCCCGCGACCGCCUCUACCUCAUGAACCACAACCUCAACGCGGAGUACAACAUCUUUGGCGCCUCCAUCCUCGUCCCCGCCGUGUCGCUGCUCAACUCGACAAACAACGCCACCGGCAACGGGUCCCUCGGCGGCGCGGCCCAGAACUGCACCCGCGACUGGGGGUUCCCGCCAAAGGUGCUCAACGUGGACUACUACAACUACGGCGACCCCGAGGGCUCCGUCUUCCAGGUCCAGGCCAAGAUGAACAACGUCACGUACACGCGCGAGUGCUGCGGCAAGGUCACCGGCGCGUCGCCCGGCCGGCCGACCGCUUCGGCUUUGGUGCUGGGUUUGGCUUUCGCCUGCGCCCUGCUGCUGGUCUGAGAUGGCCAAUCGUAAAACUUUUUAAUGUCUUUUUGAUAAAUUUCCCGGUUUCACGCGAUGAAAGCAUGUCUGGCGUUUUGGGGGCUUCUUUAAUGCAUAGACGGGGUACAUGGAGGCCAGAGGGUAUUUUAUCUUGGUGAAUU